CCCCCCACAUCCCCACAAAGCAAAUGAGAAGGAAACAGAAUCUCCAAAUCUUCAUUCUCUUCUUUUAUCUUUAUCUUUCUCUCUCUCUUCACUCACCACUCUCUUAAGGAGUUGUGCCUCUUCUGAUUUGCUUUCUCAGAUGAAGACAAUCAUGGCUAAGACCCCUCAUGACUCCUCCUUCUCCUUCUCUUUCUCCAGGAGACACUUCCACUGGAGAAGGAAGGUUGAAGAUGAAGAUGGUGAAGAAGAAAUUUUAACCAUCAACUCCACCUCCCAUCGUUACUCUGACGAGGACAAAGAAGGAGGAGACCCAAAGGUCUCAGUACCUACACCAGCACCGGCACCGGCACCGGCACCGGCACCGGCAGUUGCGACUUCAGCAUCAUCAACAAGGAAGAAACAGAUGCCGGUAGUGGCAGUUGCGAGGUUCCGUUCAGUCCUCAACGCCUUCGGCAAGAACAGGUCGCGGUUUUCAUCUGGGCUGGGCAGUCGAGUUGUGGGUACCCUCUUCGGCUACCGAAGGGGUCAUGUACAUUUCGCAUUCCAAGAGGAUCCAAAGUCACAACCGGCAUUCUUGAUCGAACUCGCAACUCCAACUAGCGGUUUAGUUCGGGAAAUGGCAUCUGGGCUGGUUAGGAUUGCUUUAGAGUGUGAUAAGAAGGUGGAGGAGAAGAAAGGUGGGGUGAAGCUACUGGAAGAAGCUUUGUGGAGGACUUACUGUAAUGGGAAGAAGUGUGGAUCUGCUGUGAGGCGUGAAUGCGGAGCAGAGGAUUGGAAGGUUUUGAAAUCUGUGGAACCCAUUUCAAUGGGUGCUGGUGUGUUGCCUGGGAAUGGGGCUUCUGGGUCUGAAGGUGAAUUGAUGUACAUGAGAGCUAAGUUUGAGAGAGUUGUUGGGUCUAGAGACUCUGAGGCUUUCUACAUGAUGAACCCAGAUGGAACUGGAGGUCCUGAGCUCAGUAUCUACUUGCUUAGAGUCUAAGUUUGGGGGCCAUGAAAGCAGAGUCCUUCACCACCAUCAGAGUAAUGUGAUGUGAUUAUUAUUAGUUUUAGUACCUUCAAAAGCCAUGGAAAUGGAGGUUUGGUUCUCUACAUACAGAGACCAUGUUUUUGAUUAUUUUCUUUUUUGGUUUUUGGGGGUGGGGGUGGGGGUGGGGGGGAAAUGGGUUAUGGCCAUAUAGGGUUUGUUUGUCCUAGGUAGUGUAGUGGUGUACUGCAGUUACUUGGUUAAGAGCAUAUCAUGGGAUUAUCAUAAGUGGGUGUGGGGUAUAUCAUCAAUCAAUGUAUAGCUGGUUUUUACUUUUCUUGUCCUCUGAAUGAGAGAACAGAGUAAUUGCAAGAUCAUUGUCCUCUCA